GGGCGCCCCUCGGCCGACCGCUGCCUCUGCCCCUCGCCGGCGCAGCCGCCAGGUGCACCCCCAGCAGGCACGCCCUCGCCAGGUGCCGCUGGACGGGCUAGGCUGGGGCCGCCUCUGAGCGCCCCGCGGGGGCCAUGGAAGUCGAGACCGCAGAGGAGCAGGGGGGUCCUGCGCCCCCGCCAGGUGCACCCGGCGGACCCGGCCUGGGCGGGGCUCCGGCCCACGGGGGACGGCGGGAACCCAAGAAGUACGCGGUGACGGAUGACUACCAGUUGUCCAAGCAGGUGCUGGGCCUGGGUGUGAACGGCAAGGUGCUAGAGUGCUUCCAUCGGCGCACGGGGCAGAAGUGUGCCCUGAAGCUCCUGUAUGACAGCCCCAAGGCCCGGCAGGAGGUGGACCACCACUGGCAGGCCUCGGGCGGCCCGCACAUCGUGCGCAUCCUGGACGUGUAUGAGAACAUGCACCAUGGCAAGCGCUGCCUGCUCCUCGUCAUGGAAUGCAUGGAAGGUGGUGAGUUAUUUAGCAGGAUUCAGGAGCGUGGUGACCAGGCUUUCACUGAGAGAGAGGCUGCAGAGAUAAUGCGGGAUAUUGGUACUGCCAUCCAGUUCCUGCACAGCCAGAACAUCGCCCACCGUGAUGUCAAGCCUGAAAACCUGCUCUACACAUCCAAGGAGAAAGACGCAGUGCUUAAGCUCACAGACUUUGGCUUUGCCAAGGAGACUACCCAAAGUGCCCUGCAGACGCCCUGCUACACUCCCUAUUAUGUGGCCCCUGAGGUCCUGGGCCCAGAGAAGUAUGACAAGUCGUGCGACAUGUGGUCCCUGGGCGUCAUCAUGUACAUCCUCCUGUGUGGCUUCCCGCCCUUCUACUCCAACACGGGCCAGGCCAUCUCCCCGGGGAUGAAGAGGAGGAUCCGCCUGGGCCAGUAUGGCUUCCCCAAUCCUGAGUGGUCAGAGGUCUCUGAAGAUGCUAAGCAACUGAUCCGCCUCCUGCUGAAGACGGACCCCACAGAGAGGCUGACUAUCGCACAGUUCAUGAACCACCCCUGGAUCAACCAAUCGACGGUGGUGCCACAGACUCCGCUCUACACCGCCCGGGUGCUACAGGAGGACAAAGACCACUGGGAUGAAGUCAAGGAGGAGAUGACCAGUGCCCUGGCCACCAUGCGGGUGGACUACGACCAGGUGAAGAUCAAGGACCUGAAGACCUCUAACAACCGGCUCCUCAACAAGCGGAGAAAAAAGCAGGCAGGCGGCCCCUCAGCCUCACAGGGCUGUAGCAACCAGUAGCUCGUGGGAUCUGGACAAGCCAGGCCGCUCAGCCUGGUAUUGGACUGGAGUAUGCAGAAGCCCUGGCCAGGAGGGCCCAGGGCCAUCCUUUUCACAAAAGGAUUAUUUUGUUGUGUUUUAAAUUUGUCACUUGGGACUUCAGGAUGGAGGAUCCUGAGCCCAAACCUCCUUCAGAACCCCUGCCCAGGCUCAGACCCAGGAGAAAGCUAAUGCCUAGGGCUGGGAAGCACCUGCUGCCCCUGCAGCACCUCCGGCCAGGGGCCCCUGAAUGAGGCCUCAGCUCUGUCCUGCCCUGGGGCAUGCCUUUUACCUUUGGGCCACUGGGAGUUGUGGCUGGGCUUUCCUUCUUCUAGAGAGACACCCCACCGAGGGCUGGGCAGAUGGGCCUGGCCUUGAGAAAGGCAUUGGCCAUUGGUUGCCAUGGUGACCAGGGGACUGUGUUGCUGUCUGUGAAUGCUGAGUGUGGGAGCAGGGGAGGGAGGAAGACCCACCUCUGCAUUCUGCAGGAGGCUGCUCCUCUCUGCUCCCCUCUUUGGUCUCCCUGAGGCCACAGGGUCCUGGCUGUCAGCUUCCCUGGGUGGUCUAGCCCUCGCCCAACUGGAUGGCACUCGGAGCUCUUUCCCCAAGGAGUCCCUGGUCCCAGCACACCUGUCAUUACUCCCUACCCAAAGGUUGGUUUCUCCUCCCAGCUGAAGGUGGGGAAUCAUUUAAAACCCUUUUCCACUUUGGAAAAUGUCACUGUGACACAAGCCAUUAUACUUCCCCUGCCCUAACUUGCUCACCAGAUCCCAGGCCAGGAGGCCCCCCUCUGUUUAUGGUAGGGCUGCCUUUUGGUGGUGUUUGGUGAGUGCGUGGCUUGGGGCAGGCCAACAGGCUCCCCCUGAACCAGGGGUCUCUACCCUGGGUCAGACCUGAGUGAUGCUCACAGCGUCUGCUCCUGGCAUUGGCCUGAGUUGGAGCAGAACAGAGCAGACCCCUUCCUGGCUGAUCUGGGUAGUGCAGCCCCACCCUGCCCCGGGAGCCUCGGGCUGCUGAGUGCCUGAUUCCAGUCCUGAAAAGUGCCUGACACCCAGCCGAGUUCUCAGUUCCUGGCCCCUCUGUCCGUGGCUGGGAAAGCCCAGACCAUGGCAGACGGGACAGCGCUCUGGGUUUCACAUCCAGAUAGUAAUAAAGGCCAUUUUGGCAUUUG